AUGGACUUUCCCGGAAGUGCCAGUACCAAUGUUCACCUUAUUGAUGGCUUCUCGACGAUCUAUUGGAGGAUAUACACGGAAGAGUCAGGCAUUGCGAACAAUCAACCCGAAGGUCAACCCAACGGUUACAUUAUUUUGAAGCAUCUCAGUCGCCUCAAAGACCUAGAGGCUAAGUUACGAAUUCUCAACUGUUUGGCAUCGUGUCCGAGGCGUCUCGGGCUCUGGGUUUUCUCCCCCACCCCGGACUUUGAAAGUUUAGACUCUUUAUAUGUGAGAGAUGGAAAUGAAGCGUCCAAAAGAAUACUAGUCGAUGCGACUACUCUCAAGGUCUCCGCAUCGGGCAGCAUCGCAUCCCAAGAUUUGGUCCGAAGCCUCUCAUCGGAUACGCAAAAUCAGGCUGGAUCUCAAGCGGGGCAGCAAAGACCCCAGCAGGCUCAAGCUACCCCCAGACGACCCGAGAGUCAUAGUAGUUCCGCCGCCAUCUAUGCCUCCUUUAUUUCCGCUGUUACCGGUGCAAUUAGCCUAUAUAUGAUUCGCUCUCACGGUGCCUUUCCACUCGGUUCCCGCACUCUGUUUACGGCAGUGGAAAGCGUGGGCUACGAGAGCCCGCGGGUUAACAACGACAGCCCGUUUUCGAAGUCUUGCCUAACGUCGCUGAAUGUCCAACUGAACGCCCCAGGGACAUUGAUGAUUUCCUCCCAAACAAUCUCUCAGGUUGGAAUUUCGCGCCUCUGCGGCCCCCGAGAUGAUAUUUCAGAUGUUCUCCGAGUACAGCCAGGUACUGAUAUUUGGCUCUGUCCAAAUGGAACCGUUGCGCGGCUUGUGACGGCUAACACUGAGCCUCCAACGGUCCCGUCGCCUGGCAUUCCAGUUUCUGGAAAUCUCGCGGCAAAGAAAAGACAAUGGAAAUUGGAUGUGGUCCAAUGGCUGGUGAAUUUUGGGUUACAUAUUGACUCAGUGGAUGAUGAAGUAUGGGUUGAGGUAGAGGUAUGGGAACCCUUUUUCGCUAGGCUGGCCGGCGAGGCAUGGCGGCAGAGUGAUGAGCCCCAAUCUGCACUUCCCUUAAAACGCAUGUUGUGGCCAGCAAGAUUCUGCUUCAAAAGAACCCCUCCCCAGACCCAAGCUCAGAACAAUGGGACCUCUUGGCCCCUGGGUCUUCCAGAAGAUCCACUAGACUUUGCAGAGCGAUGGCCAUCAGAAACCGACUCUCUCUUGGCAAAUAACCAUAUAACUCCGCUCCCUGUGAUCCAUGAACCUCCCAAAAAUGAAGAUAUUUCAUCACCCAAAGCUGAUAAUUUGGACGGCUUCGAGAGUCUUUCUCGAAUGGCCCAGUAUCCUGAUCUACCACCCACCAACUUGGUUUAUCCGACCCCUCCAGAAGGAGCUGCUACGAUUGGAUUGCAAAAUGCGAACCCGAGUGAUGGUUUUCCGGACUAUGUGGACUUUCAAAUGACCCCGGGCGCACCGCAAGACCCAGCAAAUGAUCACAAUUCUAGGCUUUCUCCCGAUGUCGCAAUCGGAAGUGGCCGAUAUGAUGCUAGUGAUGAUGAAGAUCUUUUUGGGGAGAUGAAUGAGAGGGACUUUGGGUCGAAGGGAAUUACCGAUGCUGAUUUCAGCUUUUUCGACGACCCAGAUUUUGAGAUGAAUGACGAUUCUCCUAAUGUACCUUACCAGGUACCUCCACACCCAGUAUUGGAGGAGAGCAAACCCGAGGAGAGUGUUGCGGUAACCAGCGAUUUACCCGUCAGCGCCCCACCUGAUGCUUCAGGUCUCACCCAGGAUGUGGCACCAGAGGAACCAACUCCCAAUGAGACGAAAGAUGAAAAUUCAGCGCCAGUGGAUGAAAGUAUGUGUCUGGAGUCAUCCCAAGAUGCCUCACCGGAUCCGGAAAGUCCACCCAUUAUUAGCCCUCCUUUAAGCCCCGUGGAAGUCAAAAAGAUCCUUUUCUCGGGAGGGAAAAAAGAGGACCCCGAACGACCACAAGAAACCCGCACUCAACAGGGGCACUAUCAUCCUGUGGCCUUCGAAAAGAGACUUGGAAACUGGAGUGAAAAGUACGGAGCUGCGGGUAAAUUUUGGUUCGCUUCCGGGGGCACCCUUGAUGCCUCAGAUCUCACUCCAAAUUCAAUUCCCACUAUUGGACUGCCCCAUCGUGGUCGAUCCGGAGCGAACAAUUCUCAUGCAAAGUUUACGAGUAAGAACGUACCGGCUAUCACUUUGGAUAAUGAUGAGGGACCUGCGGACUCAGAUAGCGAAACGAGUGAUGAAAGUGAUGAGACAUCCUCUGAACAUGCCCCCACUCCGAUGGCGGUCCCAUCCUUAAAGAGAAAGCGGGUACCUUCUGAGUCUGAUAUUCAAUCCGUCGCAUCCCCAGCCAAGUCCACCGGUGUACCUGAUGUGAAUUCAGGACUGAAAGUUGAGAACUGUACUUUCCUUGGGAACUUCCUGGCUAAUUUCUCGGAUUGGUCGUUCAUCGGUUAUUUCUCUGCCUUGCAGGCUCAACAACUUCCCGUUCUAGUGCGGAGAGAAGACCAGAUUCCUAUCGCUCAGCUGCUUGUUGACCAAAUCACGCAGUCCUCUCUGGACCACCAGCUUGGUGGCCAUAUCGGCCUUUUUGGACUUGAGAACGAGAGCUUGACAUGGCGAACUUAUCUCGAAGAGACCAACUUUCUGGGUCAGGUUGCGAAGCUUGAUCUCAAGACAUAUGCGUCAUUACAAGAAGAGGUGACUAUAGCUCCGGUGCAGCAGCCCCCGAAGGAUGUGCCCAGAGGAUCGAUCUUAAGGCUAGCUGCUCCGCAUGUACGUAUGCGUCGGGGUCAGGAAUACCUGGAGGUUCUCCCUCCUGCUGUUUCGUUCUGGGAAACAUUCGGCCUGGAGCCUGCCCACGGUUCAAAAGAUAUCUCGGCCUACUGUAUUCAUCCCUACGCCGCGUCCAACGCUGCCGACACUUUUCUAAAUCGGUUCGGGCUUCAUUACGAUAGUUGCCAUCUAGGGAGUCAUACCAGAGGCGACAAAUCGAUAAGUUUCGAAAAUGGUCUUCGAUCAUGGGACUCCGAGUCGUCCAGCUAUGUUUCCAUGAUGCAAUCUUUGAAAAGCAUAUGUGAAGAACUUGGCACCGAUCUGUCUCAGUACUCACCCAGCACAGAAAACUGUGUUGUUUAUAUCAUUAAUCCGUUCCCUCAUGCCGCAGCACUUGCUGACAUCUGCGCCGCUUUUUGGACUCUCUUCCAGCAAAUCGCCGCCGACGCUGAUCGUCAGCAGGGUCAGCCAGUCAAUGAAGUUGCCCUGCAAAUUAUCCCGAUGGACUUCAUCAUGUCUGAGGAUUCUAUGGUUGUACCUACUCAGACGGAGUAUCUGAACCUAGCUCUGGAAGUUUAUAGCCGUUGUCGCCCAAAUAAUUUGGACUUAAGCUCUCUGCUUGGUGCUCCGGCAAUUCUUUUGGCAGAUCCUUUGCCCAAGGCUAUCAAUUUCCGACUUGCGCCAGACAAAGGCUCCCCUCUGCAAGAUGGGCGCAGCCUCCAUAUCGCUUACUCAAAAAGCUCAGAUCAGCGAUGGCUGUCUGUAGCUUGGUCCGAUAGCAGCGGCAGCCUUCAAACUAGCAUGUCAUACUGUCUACGUUAUCGCACUCGCGGUACAGCUAGGCCGAUCGCAGAGGUGCGCAAUGAAAUAUGGGCCACCACGCGGCACAUCUUAGAAAAAUUUCAAGCCCAGUGGAAAGUCAUUCUUGUUAAUUCUGAACCUAUCGAUUCAGAAGAAGUGGAAGCGUGGACCAAUAUGGCUGAACAACAGAAUAAGCUGCGACCAGCAUCUAUGGAGCUGAUUAUUAUGACUGUUAACACUGUCCCCGACCUGGUCCUCGAGCCAAAUAUCUCCCAUAUGACCCCUAGCAUUCUCAACACACAUUUCUCCUCUACUCCCGUCUCGACUCCGAACCCAAGUGUCAGUAUUGCCUCGCCCGAGCAGACUGGCAACGCCCCGACACCCAGUGCCCCCUACAACGCUCUCACCCCAACUGAACUCUCCCUGGAACCUGACUCGGAUGUCGUUCUGACCGAUAUUUUGGACGAGUCCUGGGCAGUUACGUUAUCCCACCGCCUCAACACUUCUCCACACGUUACCGAAUUCCGCCCUGCGCUGGCUAGCGGGUAUCUCCUUCGUCGCAAGGGCACCACUGACGGCGACGGUGUAUUCACAAUGACCGCCAAUCUUAUUCACUCCCAGCGGCCUGCUUCAUCACACGAACCUCUGCUUAAGGAUAUAUUGGGGAUGUAUCGCGAUCUCGCAUCCCUGGCCCGGGCAAGAGGCAUGCGCAGCGUUCAUGGUAACACAUUGCCAUGGCAUAUCGCAACUGCCUUGCGUGCGCAGGAGCUCCUGAGCUAUGUUUUCUAA